AUGGAACGACCACGGGGAGAGGCUCUCCGAGUAUUCCAGAAGCCCUCCUCUCUACCUUGGACGUGGGAGUCACCCGGUGGAGGGUACCGUAAUGAAAUAGACCACAUCAUCGUCAAUAAAAGGUUCUUCCUUGCGGGCGUCGCUGUUGUGCCAAAGUUCUAUAAGGGGUCGGACCAUCGCCUCAUCCGAGGAGGAUUUUCCUUAACAAGGAAAGAAGAGAAAGCCGCCAGGUUCAGAGAGCGAAAUCCCAGAACUAUCAUUAACUGGGAUCUUUUCGCUACGUUAGCCGGCUUUUGGGAAGAUUCCACAAUGGACAACAUCGACGAGGAAUAUGAUCGACUCGUUAGACACCUUCAUGACUGCGCGAAGAAGGCUGAGAGUUUUAAAACAACCAAGAGACGACUGUCUCUUGAAACUCUUAAGCUGAUACGCCAGCGUGGAGCAACACGAGCCGCAGGGGAACGAAGAACUCACGUCCGAGCUCGCAAAGCUUUGCAGAGAGGCGAUAAAGGAAGACCUUAA